AUGGAGUGGGAAGCUCAAUGUCUCGCUUGCAAUGAAGUACUGGAUGAUGAUGAUCUGAAAAGCACACAAGAAUCCGAGACAGGUGAUGGGUUGAAUCUUCUUGUAUCCGAUGUGCCCUGGACAGCUGAACUUUCAUUUGAAGAACAGAAUCUUGUGGCAUUAGAAGACCGAGAUGUUAAUCAAGUGUACCGUGCCAUGUUGCGUCAAGAGCUUCUUCGACCUGACUUUUCCAAGCAAUAUGAUUAUCUCAAGUAUCGUCGUGUGCUCGUAGAUUGGAUGGCUGAAGUGGGAGAAACACAUUUGCGUAUGCGCAAGGAAUACGUCCACGCUGCGGUCGGGUAUUUAGAAAAGUUGUUAACUCGUGACGAGCCACUGCCUCGGAAAGACCGAUUUCAACUACUGGCACUUAGCUGUCUACGACUCGCGCUCAAGUUUUUAGGUACAGAGGAGGAGCUACCACCCAUGGCUGAGUUUUGGGAAAUGGGGAAUCGAAUGUAUUCCUUUGACGAGAUCAACGACACUGAAGCCGACAUUUUCCAAAAGUUGGGUUGGAGACUAAUGGGGGUGACACCACUGCACUUUUUGCAAUAUUAUAUGGACCAGACUGUGUUGUUUGCCAACGACCGAUUGCUGGGAUCCGAGCUCGUUGACGAAGCACAUGAAUACUACUGCAAGUAUGCCGAGUUCUUCGUGGACCUUGUGUUGCAGGAGUAUGCGUUACAGGUGUAUCGGCCAUCAGUCGUAGCUGCGGCCAUUCUGGUAGCAUCCCGCAAGGCACUAGACGUCACUCCGCUUUGGAGAGACGAGUUGUCGGUGCUUACUGGCUACGAUGAGAAUCAGGUGACACCAUGCUUUAAAGCGGUAUGGGAACACUUUGAAGCGACCUUCGGUCCUCGAAACAAGAACUACGAGCGGGAUGACUCCCCUUCCGGCGUGGCUGAGUUCUGA